UCCGGGUUAGUCCGACCCAUUCUGAGCAUCUUCUUCUUCUUCUUCUUCUCUCUCUCAUCUCUCUCUUUCCUGUGAGGAAUGGAUUACAGCGACGACGCAGAAGAGCAUUUCAGGCGGAGACCGAGGAAGAUGGCGUAUCUCGGAGACCCAUCUCGCAGGCAGCUUGAAUCGCUGAGCGGACGUUCCUAUGCCCUAGGAGAAAUGGGUUAUAUGCAAGAGGAAGAUAUUUCUUUAGACGCCAUACGAGCUAGAUGGACAAAUGUUCUCAAAAGGCAUAGUGAGUUAGCGGAGCGUCUUUCUAGGGAUGCUGACAAGAUAAUUUAUGAGCGUCUACAGAAGGAAUUUGAAGCUGCACGGGCUUCACAAACUCAAGAGACUUAUUUGGAUGGUGAACAAUGGAACGAUGGACUACUAGCAACAAUAAGAGAGCGGGUUCACAUGGAGGCUGAAAGAAAGGCAAUGGCGGGAGACAUAAACAUGUUGCCUGGUCAAGAAAAAAUUACGUAUAAAACCGGAAAUAAGGUGAUUUGCUGUUUGGAAGGGGCAAGAAUUGGCAUACUGUAUGAGACAUCUUAUGCAGGAGAACCUUGUGACCUAUACCAUUGUGUGCUUGAGAGCAAGUCGUUUCUUGAGAAAAUGACAGUCCUUGAACACACCAUUCCGUACUUCUUGCCAAUACGAGAAGCAGAAAAUGAUCUUCUUUCCUCCAAUGCUAUGAAAUUUAUAGAUUACAUUGGAGAGAUGUUACAGGCUUAUGUGGACAGAAGGGAACAGGUUAGGCUUGUCAAGGAGUUAUAUGGGAAUCAGAUCAAAGAAAUUCAUUUUACCCUUCCCUACAGCUUAAUCGUCUUUUCAAUACUUGAUUUUGAUUGCAAGGUAGUUGUGAAGCUUAAAUAUGCAGAGCUUGUUUCUGUGCUUCCAACUCAUGUCAGUGUGGUAGCGUGGCCAGUGUGUCAACCCAGAAAAAGCAGUCUAAAUAUAUCAUCCAUGAACAAAAAGGAAAACGGAACAUUGGAAGGUCCAACCACCCUCUUCUAUGCAGAGGAUGCCUUGCGAACUAAGAGCUUACCAGAAGCAUACGCUGACAUAGUGCUGAAUUUGCCCCAAACUCUUCGGGAAAUAUGCGAGGGGAACUCUUCGUAAUGCUACACCAGUCGGAACAUCUGGAUUUGUACAAAGCCAUAGCCAAAAGUGGUGCAGGAAUAGCUCUGGUUGUUUAGCAGUAGAGUACAAUAGGAACAGAUUCAAUUUCGGCAAUUUGUAUAUCUGAGUUUCACCUGCUCAUUCCCACUGGAAUUCUGUAUCUUGCUGCCUUGAUCUAUCUAAAUUGUGUCAUCAUUU